UCCUCACCUACAAGACAGAAAAACAUUUUGGAAACAUAAUCAAUAAAUCUGAGUAACAUACAAGGUUAGAGUACUUUUUCCACAUGAUUUAAAGAGCAAACCUUUAUCUGCGAGCCCACAGGAGAGACAUUUUGUUUAAAAAAAGCUGCAGCAUCUUGUAAAUGCCAUUUAUCGUGCAUGCUGAUUUUGUAACAGUAACAUGAUUAUUAAAAAGAUGAUAUACACAUAUGCAUUUCACAUAAGUGGGGUCAGUACACUGAAUUUUUACGAGAAUGGUAUGAUUGGUCGUUUUUAAUGUUUACAAUACAAAACAUGUACAUCCAAACCCACAGUCCACAAUUAGUAAGCAUGUAUUUCCAACACACAUGACAACUGUAUGAUCAUGUCACGUUGCUUGUGAAAAUAUAGAUUUUUUUGGUCUAAGAAAACAUUGUCAUUGUGACAGUCUACAGUUACUCCACUUUCAAAUACAGUAAUGACAGCAUGCUAUUUUAUUGUUUAUAUGACUUCAGAUUUCGCCAUACAUGUCCGAGAACACAUUUGACGGCAUCCCGCCUCGUGUGGCGUGCAAGCAAUUUAGAUCAUAAUUUGUUGAUGCGAUGUGACAUGCUACACAUAAAAAAAAAACUACUUCAAAGGCUAUCACCUCAAAUCACCCUCUGUUUUUCAGUUCCAGUCUUGUAAGAUACAUAUGCAAUCCCUUAAGCAGACAGCUUAAUAUUGACACAAAAAAUAAAAUAAAAAUUCUACAACAAAUAAUAUUCAUUUCAACAUGCCAUGGUAUUUUAAUGCAAAUAGGGCCAUCCUAAUGUCUACAGUAAAUUGCUGAUCUGACUGAAAAGCAUACAAAUCUGAGGUUAUUUUUCAUAAGAUAAGAGAGAUGAACCAAAUCGGUUCCACUCGGUCAAUACAAACUACCAACACAUCAAAACAGAUAUAGAGAAUCAGUUUAAAACCUUGUAACACCAUAAAAAAGACAUAAAAUCUACUAUCUCUCAGUCUGCUGCUGCUCUCUUGAAAUACAUUAAGUUGAUAAAUUAAAUCUAAAUAUAUAGUUACAUUUAUUUUCCAUGCACAUAGUGGGUGAGGAUGUAUAUUCAGUAACACUAUUAUUUUUUUACUUGUCCUAUGUGGAAGGAGCUCUUGCGUUACUCACUGAUGCUUAUAACGCUCACGUUUUCCAAUCAUUUCCAGUCAUUAAGUUAAUAAGACAGAAUCAGAAACUUAUCUGCAGGGAAGACAAACAUGAAUGUUUCUCUUAUUGUAGCUUUAACCAGGGCUGAAGGCUGAAAAAUGGCAUGGUUAAGACUUCACACUAACCUUUCGUUGGCAUUGCAACUUGGAUGUUUGCAUGGCAGUAUUGUAUGGCCUUAAAAGAACAAGAUGCCCGAUGCAGAAUAAGAUUAAAUUAUAUAUUGAUAACCAUCCUUAAACACACACAUAAAUGUACACACAUGCCCAUAUGCUGACCUGUCAACUGUUACUAAUGUGUACAGACACACAUUAAUAGAAUAACUAUACAAAAUGCAUAAAAAAAAAUAUUUUAUAUAUAUUACACAUACAUAUACACACACACACACACACACUUUCCCUUUAUUAGAUAACAUAGACAUAGAAAAUGCUGUAACUAAAUGUAUAACAAUCUUUCUUAAAUAAUUUCUACACACUACACAGUCCAUGUCAGCAUACAAUGAGCACAGCUGAUAAUUCACCAUGCCAAGGCACGCUCUGAUCUAGGUUUGGAAAAACAGAUGAACAAUAUAGAUAUGUUUUAAGAUGCAUUCUUUUUUUGGUUACAUUUUACAUAACAGUGAUUAAACAGCGUUAAACAGAGAUUACUAAUCAACAACCAAUAAUCAAUUUAAUGUAUACACAUUAUUUUGUGGAAAUUAUUGUACAUACUCAUUAUUGUAGCUGCAUGUAAUUAUUUACAUUAAAAUACAGUAUGUGUAGCACAGACGCUGUAAUGUGUCACAUUUUUACAGUGCAUAUAGACACCUUAAAGGGAACAUCACGAAGCUAAAUAGCAAACAAUAUUUCUGUGAGGAAACAAACUAAAUCUAAUCAGAUCAUUUGUUUUAAAGUCGUAUAAUCACUAUAAACUCAGAGGCAUAAUACACCCUCAUAUUCUGACACACGUACAUACAGUAAAACAUGCCAACACACACACACACCAAACAUUUAUUUCUGUGAAAUGCAACAGAUUUUAAGUGGGACUGUAAUAUAGUUUGAACUACUGUUGCAAUGUUUUAACGGAUGCAUCAGCACUCUCAGUCAGAAACUGUUAAAGAAAACAAACGAUUCUCGAUUCUAACUACAUACAUUUGUUCAUCAAAUGUGAUUUGCAUGCCAUUUGCUAGUAAUAAUAAUCAUAAUGUGAAAAUAAUAUUACAAUAAAUUAAAAAUGUAUAAAGGUUGCAAAGAUGUGGACUGUAAAACAAAAAAAUCUAUUUUUUUUUUUUUUUUUUUUACCUCAUAGGCAACUGUAAAUAAACUUUAAUUCCGAUAGUGCGGCAUCUCUCUAAAGAAGGUUUAUUUUAUCAUUACAAGCUAAUUAUCAUAGUAGCUAUCGUUGUCUUGCACUCAAACAGAGGGAGAUACGUUUCUGCACACACUAGUCACGGAAAAUCGCAGCAUUUUCAACCCAGGAAUAUUCCUGCCCGGUAGCGGGAGAAAUCUCGGUUUGUUUGAGCCCGAUUAGUUUCUGAUGGGAGAUUGGUGACGUAAGAGCCAUCAACAGCGACAGGCUGAUCGAGGUAGUCGCGAGGAUGGAUAGAUGGACAGAUGUUGGGGCGGAACUUGGACAUAUUUCCACAUUAUUAGCCCCUACCGACAGGCGUACAGCAUAAAUGAUCAGUUAGAUAGCAACUGGCAAUAGCUCAAGGAUGCGCAGCGCAUUCAAAGGGUUUUCAGCGAACAGGGGAGCGAGAGGACGGAAAGUUACAGUUGGAUGGGCUCUCCAUAACUGUGGAAGUUUCUUCCGUUUUUAUACUGUUUGUUUGUUUGUUUGUUGAUGAACAUCUGCUACAAAGUGUUGCCAUAAUCCGGAUGGCAGUACGGGCAACCUAAGGAAGCGUGUUUUUGUUGUUUUGUUUUGUUAUAUUUUUUUUGCUGCAUUUUUUGCACCGUUAGACUGGACGGGGAGAUAUAUCUUAGCUCUUGGCAGUCAUGCAAUGACUUACUAGACAUUUUUGGUCUGUAAAAAUCGACAUCCUCUCAAGACCUAUUGACCCCUCUUAGACUUUGCAUCGUGACUUUUUUAAAGAGGUGGAAUAAAUAAAAACAGACUCUGAUUGCUUUUGAAGAAAAGAGGAACGCUGUAUUACAUGCUUUGUAAUACAGUUAUAUAUUUUUAAAUUUAUUCUUAUCUUCCGUCACUGGCAUUUUGAUUCUGUAUGAGAAGUCAAGUGGAGGGAGUGGGACAACAGCAUGCCGCGGAGAAAGCAGCAAGCGCCGAGGCGAUCUUCAGCCUAUAUGCCAGAGGACGAGCUUAAGGCAGCUAAGAUUGAUGAGGAGCACCUGCAGGAUGACGGUCUUUCCUUAGAUGGUCAGGAUGCAGAGUACCUGUGCAAUGAAGACGACGAUGGCCGUGAACAGCUGAGCUUCCAGAACUCCCCACUCAGCAAUGGCACCAACCCAGAUGCUGGGUAUGGCUCGCCCCUUAGCGAAACCAGCGAUCACCUGGCUGACUUUAAAAGCACCUCCUCCAAAGAGGGCCAGGAUAAAGAGGAGGUUGAAGACAUGGAGACAGACGCAAGACUGUCCUUGCAGGACAGCCUGGCACAGAUGAAAGCUGUCUAUGCAAACCUGAUUUCAGAUGCUUCCUGGUCAAGUAUAACAAGAGAUAUUAUGAAAAGCAAGCAGGUUAGUGCUAGCAGCACUACAAGCAGUACUCCAAGCAGCCACAAGGGGAACAAUAGCAUUGUAAACUGCCAUGCAAGUAAUGUUACUAGCAGUGGAGCCAGCAGCAGCAGCAACGCUAGCGCUAGCACUAAGACAAAUAUGACAGCAAGCAGCAAUUCGACAAAAACCAUCACUUUAAACAAUGCUAACAAUGGAAAUAUUAAUGGUGCUAAUAGUGGGGGUGUUGCAUACGACUGGCACCAAGCAGCCCUUGCUAAAACCUUACAACAUACUCCCUACCACCUCAUGCCUGAACCGAGUCUCUUCAGCACAGUGCAGCUUUACCGGCAAAACAAUAAGCUGUAUGGGCCUGUGUUUACAGGUGCCAGCAAGUUCAGAUGUAAGGACUGUAGUGCAGCCUAUGACACACUAGUAGGUCUCACAGUGCACAUGAAUGAAACAGGCCAUUACCGUGAUGACAAUAAGGACAAAGAUGAGGACAGGGGCAAGAAAUGGUCCAAGCCACGGAAGCGAUCCUUGAUGGAGAUGGAGGGCAAAGAAGAUGCUCAGAAGGUCCUGAAAUGCAUGUAUUGUGGCCACUCAUUCGAAUCCCUGCAGGACUUGAGUGUCCACAUGAUCAAAACGAAACACUACCAGAAAGUGCCUCUCAAAGAACCAAUGCCAGCUCUUGCCUCAAAGCUGGUGCCCUCCACCAAAAAGCGAGCAUUCCAGGAUCUGAUGUCUCCAUGCUCACCUGAGUCCAUCUCGAGCACCCCUGGUAUUCCAUUGGCAGAAACAACGGCCACCAAAGAUCCGAAGAUUUCCAACCCGUACGUCACGGCUAAUAACCGUUAUGGUUACCAAAAUGGUGCAAGUUAUACUUGGCAGUUUGAGGCCCGAAAAGCUCAAAUUCUUAAGUGUAUGGAGUGUGGGAGUUCCCAUGACACCUUGCAACAGUUGACGGCCCAUAUGAUGGUGACUGGACAUUUUCUCAAAGUCACAAACUCUGCCUCUAAAAAGGGAAAGCAGUUAGUGUUUGACCCUGUGGUGGAAGAGAAAAUCCAAUCCAUUCCUCUUCCACCCACUACAACACGUCUACCAGCUCCCACUAUCAAGUCCCAACCAGAUUCACCAAUACACCCCUCCACCAUGGAUGAAAGAAAGGAGAUAGAAGAGGAGAAAAUGGAGGAAAGUGAAGAGAAGAAAAUCAAGCAAGAGAAGGAAGAUCCUUCUGAGAAGACGGAAAAGACGGAGCAACCUAGCCAUUACAAAUAUCUAAGAGAGGAAGAUCUUGAAGAGACCCCUAAAGGUGGACUAGAUAUUCUCAAGUCAUUAGAAAAUACAGUCUCCAGCGCAAUCAGUAAGGCUCAGACAGGUACACCAACUUGGGGUGGAUAUCCUAGCAUUCAUGCCGCCUACCAGCUCCAAGGGUCUGUGAAAUCUCUCCCUACCAUUCAGAGUGUACAGGUUCAGCCAACAUUCAAUGCCAGCAGCUUGAAAUCUUUGACAUCUGACUCCAGUGCUUUGAUACAUUCUCCAAGCAGCCCAUCUCCACCUCCAAACCAUAAAAGCAAUGUCCUAGCCAUGGAGGAGCUGGUAGAGAAAGUAACAGGCAAAAUUUCUUCCAAGAAGGACAGGGAUGAGAAAUCUACUGAACGCAGUUCCAAACAUCUAAACGUUGAAUUACCCUCUCCUGUCCUGAUAGACAGAAAAGACUUGCAAAGACCAGAUGAUCUUAGCAAGCCAACAAAGAACGGCACAACAGAUAAAGAGUUAGAGCACGUUCCUCUUCGUGAAGGGGAAUAUAAGGAAAGCCAUGCAGAUAAUCACGUAAAGAAUGGAACAGAUGCCCUCAAAACACCAGUCAGCAAUGGUUGUAGUAAUUUAGGAAUUAUCACUGACCAUUCACCAGAACAGCCUUUAGUCAACCCACUCUGCGCAUUGCAGUCUAUCAUGAACACUCAUUUGGGUAAGGCCUCCAAAACUAUAAGUCCACUCCUGGACCCACUAGCAAUGCUGUACAAGAUCAGCAACAACAUGAUGGAGAAACCCAUGUACAGUCUAGCUCAGGUCAAGCAAGUUGAGUCCAUCCACAGAUAUUAUGAAAAUGACAAUGAUCAGCCCAUGGACUUGACCAAGUCUAAAAGUGGCAAUGGGCCCACCAAUAAUUGCUCAUCCACUGUUAUUAACAGCAACAGCAGCAUCACAAACAGUUCCCGGCCCAUCUUAUCCACUUUGGCUGAAUCAGUCUCAUCUCCUCUUCGGGAGAACGCGUUAAUGGACAUCUCUGAUAUGGUGAAGAACCUCACAGGUCGCCUGACACCAAAGUCAUCAACACCUUCCUCCAUUUCUGAAAAGUCGGAUGCAGAUGGCUGUGCAUUUGAGGAUGGCUUGGAGGAUCUUUGCCCUGUUCAGAAGAGGAAAGGCAGGCAGUCAAACUGGAACCCUCAGCAUCUGCUCAUUCUCCAAGCUCAAUUUGCAUCCAGCCUUCGAGAAACCCCUGAUGGAAAGUAUAUCAUAACAGACCUAGGUCCUCAGGAGCGUGUACAUAUUUGUAAGUUUACAGGCCUCUCCAUGACCACCAUCUCACACUGGUUGGCAAAUGUCAAGUACCAGCUCAGGCGGACAGGUGGGACCAAGUUUCUGAAGAACAUAGACUCGGGCCAGCCACUGUUCCUGUGUAGUGAUUGUGCCUCCCAGUUCAGAACUCCCUGCACAUACAUAAACCACUUAGAAUCCCACUUGGGCUUUAGCCUGAAAGACCUGUCAAAGUUAUCAAUAGACCUCAUAAGAGACCAGCAAGCAGUCACAAAAAUGAUCACGGACAAGACAUUCAGUGCCCUUGGCUUGACUGAGGAGGACUCUAAUUCCGUAUUUCAGUGCAAACUGUGCAAUAGGACUUUUGUCAGCAAGCACGCAGUGAAACUGCACCUCAGCAAAACACAUGGAAAGUCACCAGAGGACCACCUGAUCUUUGUUACUGAGUUGGAAAAGUUAGAAAAGCCCUAAAGAAAGCAGGCUGGUGGCAGUGAAGUGACUGGAUUGAGAAUCAUUGCACUACAUCACUGUACUGCUCUGCGCCUGAACUGAGCCUUCAAAUUCAGUCCAACUUAUGUUGUGAAACUGCCUGACUGGACCAUGAUCUGUUUCGAUUUUUUCCCUGUGUUUUUCAGUCUCUUGAUUUCUAUCUCUUGCUUUGUAUUGUAUUUAUCUGAUAUGUGUCAGUUAUGUGCAUGUUUCUUUUUUUUUUUUCUUCUUCUUUUGUGUACAUUUAUAUUCAAACAGAAUUUACAGCUUGUACUCUGUUGAAUUGGGAAUGAAACAAACAUGGUAUCCAUGGGCAUGGUCUAAAACAAAACGACUAAAGAACUUCUGAUUAGAAUGCAUUGUGUUCUGAACACUUACUACUCAUCAAAAAAUACUGACGUCAUUAAAGCACUCUGUAGUGUUGAAUGUUAUGAGAAUAUGUACAAAACCUAGACAGACCUAUUUUGUUAAUUUGAGCUCAGAAUUUCAGAAAUUGGCUUGAAAUAACUCAAACUCUGCAACCCUUUGAUAUGAAAAUAAUACAUCGUAAAUUUCAUUGAAUUUUCUAAACCUCAAGGGGAAUUCAGGCUAAAAUAGGCAGCCGCCUAUGAUUAUACACUUUGUUUUCUCAAAGGCAUUUCUUUAAGUUUUUAAUAAUCAUUGUUUUUUUUGUUGUUAAGUAUAAUUUUAUACAGUAGCAAUUUGAAAUGUAUGCUUUGGUACCACUAUUUCUCUUUCUAUGGUUUUGCUUCAGUUUCAACAUGUAAAGACUUAAUUGAAAUCUUAUAUACAGCACAUGUAUUUAAACGAUCAACAAAGAUGUGUAAAUUUUCAUCAUCAUAUCUUGCCAAUUGCCACAGCUCAACAUUGUUUGUAUGGUGUGCAUUCUUUUAUAUUGUCAUUUUAUAUAUAGUAAACAAAAAGGAAAUGAUAUGUACAGAGAUGUAUAUGCAGUAUAUGUGCUGUAGAACCACAGUUCAUCCUUUAAUUUCCAUGAACCAAGUUUUCUGAUGUGGUAAAUAUGAACUGACUGAAUGAGUUGCAUCUCUGUUGAUGCAUGAUGUGUGAGGGAGAAUCAAGCAACGCAAAACAUGAAAUACAGUACAUUUCAAUGUUUUAUCGUGCCAUUCUGAAAAGUCCCACCAAUUCCGUAAUUAAAAAAGAAAAAAGUUUUUGUCCGUUAAUUGUAAAAUAAAACCUAAAGCAUUUUUUGAUUAAUGCUGUUCUCCACUUGUUCGUUCAUGUGUUUUCGCUUUAUCCCAUAAUGCUCUGGUUAAGGAAUCCAAACUAACAAUGAGCUAUUUAGUUCAUUUUGCAUUUUAAUUCUUGAACUUGUUACUUCUGCCUUACAAACAUGCUUUGAAUUGCUCAUGAAUUAUUUUAACUACUUAGCACUUCUUUUUUGUUGAAGUAUUCUAAUGUUUAUUGUCCAUUUUACCUUUGUUAGUCUUAAAAAAUUGCAGAUUUACCUUUUCUUUGUUACAUGUAAAUGAGAGAUAUGUUUCCAGCCACUGCUGGUAAACAGCCAACGCUCCCAAUGUAGCCAAAAUGGGCAAAGAACUUGUGGAUUUAAUGCUUUUCCAUAAAGCCUGUAUAUCUGGCUUCUCAGGACUGAUUCUGAAGCAUUGAUCCAGCCCUUCCCCUUUUUUGGGGGAUCUUAGUGCAGUCCCUGUACAUAUUCUAUGUAAAUUACAGCAAUCAUGACAACUGCGACAUUGUGAGUACCUGCAGAGCAGAGUGAAACAUCGGCAGAUAGACACAGUUUAAGCAGAUUUGCAUAUUGUUUUUCUACCUCGCUCGCACAAGCGCUCUCCAACCGAUUCACAGGGUUCCAGACUAAGAAAUAAAUGCCCAAUUUCUUAUGGGAAUCAAAGAUUGACUCUUUUCAGCUCAAUUACUGAGUGAUUAUACGUGUGGACACAGGGGGCUUGAGGGGAAACGAAACAAGAAGGGGCAAAGGAUUGAAAUAUGCAGUGUUUGCACAAUAAUCUCAAUCUCCAUUUGAAGCAGCUUUGGGGAGUUGCAGUAUCAAACCCCUUGUUAGUUGCCCUAUUUGAGAGUAUCCUCUCACUCAGAUUGGCCUGUUUUGAUUUCCCGGUGGUCCCAUACAGAAUUUUCUGAGCCUCCAUCUGGUAGUUUUGCUUUCCUCAAUUACUGCAAUUCUUUUUGUUUUCAUUUGAAUGGCACUGUGGUGGGAUAUUGGUGCAAACUAUGAAAAAAAUAAAUAAAUAAGGUGUAUAAAUCGUAUGAAGUAUUUUUGCAUAAAUUGAGUGAGAUACGUCGUACAGAGUACUGUUUCUUACAUGGGCGGCAAAGAAGCAAGUUUAGGCUUAGAGAAUGUUACAUAGUUGAUUUAAAACUAUUAAUUUAUUCAAGUCAAUUCUAGCUGAACUUUCCACAAGUUGGAAUAUCUGCAAUAUAAUAACAUAAAAGAAAUAUUGUUAUUGAAGUCAUACCUUUAAAGUACUGAGCAGAUUCAAGUGUAUUGUGAAAUUAAGCCUUCCAUUUCCCUUAACAUCUGGGAUCCUGACACACACAGAGAUAAAGGGCCAUGCCAGUUCUCUCUUGACUUACUGCCUUCCAGCAGAUAUCUUUUACUCAUAGUACUGUAAAAGAAAAAAAGUUGUCAAAGCAUUUCACAGCAUACAUUUGUUUUUAAAAUCUCCAGUUAAAUGCAAAUGCAAACACAAAGCUUUAGGUGAGAAUAUGUUAAAGACAGAAAAGGUAAACACUCUUGCAACUAAGAACUGGCAAAUACUGUAGUUCUUAAGCAGUAAACAAGUGACAUCCCAUGUUUAAUCGGUCUGUAUAUGUCCCUGCCAAGUACAUCCCUUCUAUGGACAUUAAUCGGCAUAGAGAUAAAUUUCUAUUUGUGCAGGAAUACAUUUGGAAUUCAAAACACAUUUUCUUAGUCCUUACUCAAGUCUGUUGACAAACAUGUCCAUUGAUCUGCUUCAAGAUUUUACUUUUUCAAACACAAACUAAAAUACAUCAAACAUGAAAAGAGCAUUUUAUUGAUUAAUCAAAAAAAUAUGUAGUUUAGAUUUGAAGAUAGAUGCCCACUUUUGCUUGCUCUGUCACUGUUCUGAGAUAUUUCAUAUUGAGACAGGGUAUUGGGUUGGAGGAAAACAGAAUUUUGAAUCUCUGCACAACAUCAUGUCAAACAUCAGUGUCAUUAUUAUUGAUGCAACUCAUCACUGUGCAUUCAUCAGCUUGACCUUGUGUCUCAUGUUUUGUUAUUUCACUUUAAGCAAACAGGAAAUAAAUCAUCUUGGACUAUUUCAUUGCCACUUGACUGCUCAGAAAGCGACAGAAGCAUAAAUACAAUGCCACACAAAAGAAUCGAUUGAUAGUGGUACUAUGAUACAUUUUACCUGGUUACAAUUUGCUGUUUUCAAAAGGCACAUGAGAUGUUACCUAUUAAAAUUACACACUUUCACUGAGAGGAAUCAGUUGACAUUGAAAAUACUGAAUCUGGAAAAUUAC